AUAAGCUAUCAAAUUAAAUAUUUAAAUUUUUAAUAUCUUUAAUCACGAACUAAGUAUGUAUUAUAAAUAAUACAUAAGUAUUCCAUAUGGUAUUAUUUAUGGAACUAAGAAAUACUUGAGAUAUCUUAGAUAUACUUGGGAUAUCUUAGUAUUUUAAAAAUUUCAAAUUAAACUUAAACAUUUAAAGUGAAGUUUUUUUGAGAAUAAAUAAAUAAUAUUGUUCCUCAGUAAGUAUUUAUUACCUUUUGUAAAAAUAAAAAUUCUUUAGAUUCUUUGCCACAUUUUACCCUUUAAUACUGUAAUUAUAAAACUAUGAAUUAUAUUUACUACAUAUGAAGUUGGGCAGUUGUUUUUAAGUUGUUAUGUAGAGCAAACUUAGAUAUAUACAAACCUAAUUGCUUAUGUUAGUAGACAUACAACAAAAGUUUUAUUUUUUAAAUAUAAUUAUGUAAUAAGGUAGUAAGGACCGACUCUGAACAGCUUCAAUUUAUUAUAAUAUCAGCAGCCUUAGUGUCAGACUGUUGAAAACUUGACCAGUCUCAAUUGACUCUAGACUCUAGAGCAAUAAUGUUAGCUUCAAAAGUAACAUACUUUUUAGUACUUGAUGAAUUUUUCUUUUGAAAAAAUAAACAGAUUCUUUUGAACAGUUUGUUUGGAAUUAUAUGCUAAUUUAUUUAUGUGCAAAUGUCUAAAUUUCUGAGAAACAUAAAUGAUAAUCUUAGCAUAGUAGUGCUAUUGUAGAUGCAGAUGGUAAUAAUUUUAGGUUACAAAUUAAUGUAUAUAUCUUACUUUGUAGUUAGGGUUUAAGUCAGGCUCUUUGAGUAGUAAAAAAAAAUAAAGGCAAAAUAUUGAAAAAAGCCAAACACAUAUAUUUUCUGUGCUUUCCGUUUAAAUUAGGUAACAAAUAAAUGUGUUAAAAUCUCAUAUAUUUUUGUGAGAAAUUACCUUAUUACCUUACCUUGAUAAGGUAAGGAAUGGGAAUGGAAAAUAUAUAGGUAAUUUUUCAAUAUUUUUAUAUUUUUUUUACCCCCAAGAGACAGACUUUUACAGACUAAAAUUUGUCUAAUACCACAAAUGCACACUUCUAAACCUGUCAUAUCUCUGUGGGAAAUGGGAAAAUUGAAUCAUAGAAUAUAAUGUUGGAUUUGAUGUUCUACUUAUUUUGUUAAGUAUAAUACUAGCUUACAGUUUUCAAAUUACUAAAACGUCUAUAACUACUAAAUAAAAAUCAAAAACAAGUAAUAAUUCUAAACUGUUAUAUAACAUUUUUUUUUUAUAAUGUUUCCACAAAAAUAUUUAAAUAUUUUCAGAAUCAGUCAAAAUACAUGCCUUUUAAAAAAAAAAAAAAUGUUAAAUCUGUUAGGGAAGUAAUCAAGUGCUCUAUGUAUAAAUAAUUUUAGACCUAGUUAUACCUUUUUUUAACAAAGUGGUAUGAGAAGUAUUCAAAUUAAUAUAACAAUUAAAUGAUCACAAAAAAGAUUCAUUAUAAUAUUAUUUUAUUCUUUAGAUUUCUUACAAACAGCGGAUGCUAAAAUAGCUGCGCCUCUUCCACUUCCAUCCUCAGAAAGUAUAAUAUCAAAUUUUAUACCAAUAUUUACUAACUCGUUUAUUUUGUCAACCAAUAAUUGAUGAUAAAAUGGAUGGUAUCGAUACACUGAACCAUCUACUCCAAUUGUUACAUCCUUAGUAUUCAUCUUGUUUAGUAAAACUGUAAGUCCAGCAGCAACUAAGUGAGCAGAUCUUUUUGAAAUACACUCGGCUGCAUACCUUAAAUUCAUACAAUCACUGUCAGUAGAAUUAUUUACUCCAAUUUCUCUAAGGAAUUUCCUUGAAUUGGUAAAUGUUCCAGGUGGAUCACUCUCGAUUAGUGAUAUUACAUUAGUCGUUAAUGAUUGGGGAGUAUUUAGUAUUUUAGGAAUCAUUCCAUCAAAUAUUAAUUUUCCUUUUAUCAUGUCUAAUAAUAUUAAUCUUAACAAUUCUCCUAAAUAUUUCCCAGAUACCAUUUUUUCAAAAAUUUGUUGACUAGGAUGUUCAGAAUUUCGAUCAACAAUUUUGUCGUAUUUAGUCAGAAAAUCACUUAAUUCAUCAUUAUCGCCAAAUGCACCCCACUCUAAGUUGAUAAUCAUUUCUUCCUUUGUUGAACUACCAUUAUAUGACUUGAUAUUUUUCACCUUAAAAUUAAUGGUUUUAUUAUUAAGAAUAUUAUAAAUAUAAAUAUAUUAAAUUUUACUUUUUCUACAUAACAACAAUUGCAGCCAGUUCCAACGAUUAAACCAAUUUUCGUUUUUGAGUUUAGCCACGCACAAGACAUUAGAGUGCCGACAGUGUCAUUUAAAAGAGAGCAAAUUGUAACAUUUAAAUCUUUAGAUUUUUUUAUUGAUUUAUUUAAGAGUUUUACUACAUCUUCAUCAACUACACCAUCACAUGUGAAACCUUUCGUCCAUCUAACAAGUUUUCCAGAGUUUAUACUCAAUUGUGAUAUUGGGAAACUAAAUGUGAAGCCCAAUGGUAGAUAACUUGUUGAUUUAAUUCCUUGAGAAUUAACAAAGUUAUUUAAACACUCGGCUAUAUAAUCAAAUAAUUGUAUGCCCGAUCCAAUCAUUAAAUCUUUAGAUAUUACAUAUGUUUGUUGGUCCAUUUUGAAAUAUUUAUUUAUACCUAGUUCCAAUUUAAGAACACGGAAAUUAGAACCACCCAAAUCAAGGGCUAGAAAUUCUCCUUCUUCAUUACCAGUAGGCAUGUCUUGAACAUAUGUUUGCCAACAUUUGAUUGUAGCUUUUUUCUGUGUUUCUUUUCCAAGGCCUUGAUCAAUACAAAAACUCAUUUGACUCAUAAAUUGUUUUAGUUUGGUGUUUGACAUUACAAAAGUUUUACAUAAACGUCUGACUUUAAUAUGAUUUUUCCAUGUUGUUAAGCUAUUUAAAUGUCCUUUACAACAUCGCCUACAAUUUAUCAUAUUUAUAAUUUUAAAAUAGUGUAUAGUAUGUUAAAAUAAUAUUUCCUUUUAUUAUAAAUAUAUAAUUAAAAAUGUAAACAAUAUUGUUUAUUAAAAAAAUUCUAUAAAAUAAUAAAUGAUGUUUAUUUUAGGAAUAGCCAUGGUUUCAACACGUUUUCAACUUAAGAUAACAUCUUAAAAAUAUUAUAAUUGAAUAAACAAUUUUCAUUGUCUUUGAAUACAAUAAUUAUUAGAUUAUUUUGCAAUCGCUAUUCUGAUUUUUAUAAAAAUCAUGCACACAAAUUGUAUUUAUAUUUUAUUUCACUAAUGUCAGUUUUUUAAACUUCAUAAUAUAACAUUGGACAUUAUUAAAAAAUUUACUUCUUCUGUUUUACUAGUUUAUUAUCUAUAAUUAAUAUUUAUUAUUUUAUGUAGGUGUAAGAAGUCAAAAAUGCCAGAUUUGCAAACACCAUCAGGUAUAUUGACAAAAGAAUGUUUAAGAACACAAAUUUGUGGUAAAAUUAUUUUUAUAUUGUUAUUUUGUUCUGUAUGUUUAUUUUAAUUGUUAUAUAGGUGAAAGUGAUUGGCCAAAAAAUACAGUUUUAUAUCAACCAUAUGAGACAGAACAAAUUUUAUUACCUGACAACUCAAAAUGUUUAUCAGUAAAAACGUUUUUAAAAAUGGCUGGCUUAGAAUUUAUUGUGGAAGCAAGGGAAAACGCUGAAUAUAUGUCGCCGCAUCGAGGUAAAGUACCAUUCAUUAAAGCUGGCCUAUUUUUAGUUGCUGAUUUUGAGCCAAUCGUCAACUUUGCUCAAUCAAAAGUGAGAUUAAAUGAUUUAAAAGUGACUUAAAUAUAUUUAAGCAGUGAUAUUUUAUAGGGCUAUUCACUAUCUAAACAUCUGGAUGAAACUCAAAAAUGGGAUCUUAGAGUAUAUAUGGCACUGGUUAACAAUGUUCUUUUGAAUGCUGAGGUUUGUAACAGUGAAGUAUUUUUAGAUCAAUUCUAUAAUUUAUACAAAUAUAAUAUAGAUUGAAAUUAUAGAUUUAUGUUACAUGGAAUCAUGAACUCACUUAUAAAGAACUCACCAAACCAAGAUAUAGUUCCGUGUAUCCUUUUCCUCUUAACCACUGGGCUAUUUAUUACAAGCGACGUGAAAUGCUAUCACAUUUAGAUGUAUUAGACUGGAAAAAAAAAUCAUUGGAUGAAGUAUUUAAAGAAGUGGAGAAGAUUUGUCAGUCGCUGUCAACCUUUUUAGGAGACAAGAGUUAUUUUUUUAAUGAAAAGUAUUAAUAUAACCAUAUAUUUAUAAAAAUACAUAUACAUUAUUGGUGAAAUUUUUUUUCAGGCCAACUGAAUUAGAUGCUUUAGUGUUUGGACAUUUGUUUUCCAUAAUAACUACACCUUUAUUAAAUAAUCGUUUUGCUGCUACAGUCAGAGCUUAUGACAAUCUAGUUCAAUUAUGUGUUCGCAUAGAAACAGAAUUUUAUCAGUCUAGAAUCCUGUAAUAUACUUAUGUAUUGUUAGUAAAUUAAAGAAUUAGUUUGUUUUUGUUAAUUGAUUU